ACGUUACAAUCUGCAAUUCCUUCCUACGGCUUACGGUUUACAAAUUAUGCAGUUAUGCGCCCUAAACUGGAUUAAUGUUUGACACGCAUGCCGGUCAUAGGAAAUCAUAUCUUCUCCACAAUGUGGAGUAGAUGGCUAGUCAGCGCUCCAGUCAUAUUACUCUAUUACCAAAUAGUAUUAACAAUAAUAAAUUGCCUUAGCACAGUGCCACUGGCAGCUGAAGCUGCCUACAAUAGUGGUCGUGGUGGUGGUGAUUUCAUCAGUGGCAGUAGUGGUAGUAGCAGUGGUAUUAGCAGCACUGGAAUAAGUAAUAAUAGGCAUCUUCGCUAUAGCGACAGCCUUAGUGAUACAUAUAGCAAUAGUUACGAUAGCAUAAGUGAUAAUAGUUAUGAUGAUCAUCUACCUGCCCCCGAACCCCUGCUACCAUCCUUAUCCGCCCCCUAUCAGCAUCGCAGUCAAAGUUAUAAAAUCAGUCCGAAACCAUGUCAGAUUGGUAACAUUGACGGAACCUGCAUGUUCGUCUGGGAGUGCAUCAAGUCCGAGGGUCAACACGUUGGCAUGUGUGUUGACACAUUUAUGUUUGGAUCGUGUUGUGCGCACAAUCUUACCCAAAAUGUUGUGUUGCCUCAGACUUUCUCGUUCACACGACCACCACCAUCGCUUACCUCGUCGGCCUAUCAGCCGUCAUCGUCGGGGGGACAUCAUCAUAAACCCAGACCACCAUCGAGUAUAAGUGGAGUAACAACAAUCGAACGACCGCAUGGUGCUGGCACUCUUGUGGUCCGUCAUCCGCCUGGACCCCAUCAUCAAACUGUCAUCACCCAUCACCAUGGUAGUAGCAAUUACUAUCAACCGCAAUAUCAAAAGCCAGUCACAACUUCAUCAUCAUCAACAUCGUCUCCAUUAUCGGGUCCAACGUCGACCCUCACAUUUGUGUCAACAACGAAGAAUCCUAGUCUUACCAAUUCAUUAGUUGAUAUGGAAACAUCUGCCAGUAUUUCUUCAAGUCUUUGGAAUACAUCACCGCAGACAGUACAAUGGCAUAUGACGACCGAACCGAAUUUCAUAACGAAACCAAGGCCUCCGAUAUGGGAGAAGCCAUCGAAACCAAUCAAACCUUCGAAGAAGCCUAUUCAAACGCAGGCUUCGUUUAUGACGACACGAAGACCAAUCGUCACAUCGGGCAAUUUCCCAACCAAAACGAAACCUCAGACUCUUGGAACAAAACCAACAAAACCUGUGACAACAACUCGACCCUAUUCACCAUACUCCAGCAGUUCGACCAUUUCCGCCAUUUCUUCUACGACCUCCCGACCGAUUUCCUCAUCAACCCAAUACAACCCAUCAACUUAUCAUUCAUCCCCAUAUUCCUAUCCAACUUAUGCCUCACCUCUAACCUUCAAACCAACAAAAGCUCCCAUCAAACUUACCACAACCACGUCAAGUAUUUUCCCCGUUCGACUAACUCCACCACCUCUAAACCUCACAACCAUCGAAUCCAAUGAAAUCCUAAACCAUGUCACAACGAAUGACAAUCCCAUAAAGACAAUUUCUGCAGCUCGAAGUGAAUGUGGUGUCCCAUCUUUAGCUAGACCGGAAACCCGGAUUGUUGGUGGCAAGAGUGCUCCAUUUGGACGAUGGCCUUGGCAGGUGUCAGUUCGGCGGACAUCAUUCUUUGGCUUUUCCAGUACACAUCGUUGCGGUGGAGCGUUGAUUAAUGAAAACUGGAUCGCAACCGCUGGCCAUUGUGUCGAUGAUCUUUUAACAUCACAAAUCCGCAUUCGUGUUGGAGAAUAUGAUUUCUCUCACGUCCAAGAACAACUGCCAUACAUUGAACGUGGUGUUUCGAAAAAAGUUGUCCAUCCAAAGUAUAACUUUUUUACGUACGAGUAUGAUUUGGCGUUGGUGAAACUGGAGCAGCCGCUAGAGUUUGCUCCGCAUGUUAGCCCAAUUUGUUUGCCGUCGACGGAAAGUCUGCUGAUUGGAAUGAAUGCAACUGUUACAGGUUGGGGUCGAUUAAGUGAGGGUGGCACAUUGCCAUCAGUUUUGCAAGAGGUAUCGGUACCGAUUGUUAGCAAUGAUCGUUGCAAGUCGAUGUUUCUGCGAGCCGGACGACAGGAAUUCAUUCCGGAUAUAUUCCUUUGUGCUGGCUAUGAAACUGGCGGACAAGAUUCAUGUCAGGGUGAUUCUGGUGGACCAUUGCAGGUUAAAUCACAAGAUGGUAGAUUUUUCCUGGCUGGAAUUAUAUCAUGGGGUAUUGGAUGUGCUGAAGCAAACUUGCCUGGUGUCUGUACGAGGAUAUCAAAAUUUGUUCCUUGGAUUAUGGAAAAUGUUGUAUAAUGGACUGAACAGAAAAA